AAUCUUAGAGACGGGGGAGGGGAGCGAUUCUCCACAUAUACAAACACCCCUCUGCCAAUCAGAGAAAAAGACAGAGAAGGAGAGCAAGUGGAGGAACAGAGGAUACAACAGAGAGAGUGAAAAGAGGAAACAGCUCGAACAGUUAUCUUAGGUGAACAGAGAGGAAGAAUUACACACAAACACACACGGUCCAGCCACAAGUUGCAAGGCGCUUGAGCCAGCGGAGGCGGAUAGCCAGCCAGACACCUCAUAUCUGCAGCUCCAGACCAAGAAGAUUCCUCUCUAAUUCUCUCCCGACUUCAUCCUAAGCUGGACCGCAAGCUUUAAGACGAGGGGUAGAGAGAGACAGAAGAAGAGGAAAGUGCUUCGCAACUUCCUUGACGGGGGCGAGACUGAGUUUAACUCAGUGAAGAGAGGACAGAGUGAGAGAGAGAGCAGGGGAAAACUCCCCCUCGCCCUCUCUCGACCCGGAUCACCGUCAGGCUGGCUGGAACAGCCAUGGCCUUCACCUUUGCGGCCUUUUGCUACAUGUUAACACUCGUGUUAUGCGCUGCCCUCAUCUUCUUCGUCAUCUGGCAGAUUAUUGCGUUUGAUGAGCUGCGCACAGACUUCAAAAACCCCAUCGAUCAGAGCAACCCCACAAGAGCGAGGGAAAGAAUAUUGAACAUCGAGAGAAUCUGCAACCUCCUCCGAAGGCUGGUGGUACCAGAGUAUUCCAUCCACGGGCUGUUCUGUCUGAUGUUCAUGUGUGCAGGGGAAUGGGUAACUCUGGGCCUUAACAUCCCCUUGCUGCUCUAUCACCUCUGGAGGUUUUUCCACCGUCCUGCAGAUGGGUCUGAAGUUAUGUAUGAUCCAGUGAGUGUGAUGAAUGCGGACAUUCUGAAUUAUUGCCAAAAAGAGUCCUGGUGCAAACUAGGCUUCUACCUUCUCUCCUUUUUCUACUAUCUGUACAGUAUGGUGUAUGCUUUGGUCAGCUUCUAAGUGAUCAAAUGAAGGAAAGAGGACUAUGAAAGGAAGGAGAGAAACGACAAAGCAAAGACCGACUGUGUCGUGCUCACCUCUUCCUCAUCCACAUACCUUGUUCAGCUCCUCCUCAGAUCUCCUGGGUGGGGAUGGACGAUGGACAGAUGUAGAAAAAGCUCAAGACAAGGAGGCAUUUAAAGCCGUCAAUGUAAAGCUGCCUCAAUUACUGCCAUUAAAAAGAAGAAGAAAAAACGAGUGCAAUAGAGAGAGAGAUAUCUGGUGAACAAAAGACUCAGGCAGUGUAGAUGUUUUGUAACACCAUUUAAUUUCUCAAGGGCUGCUGAAAAUUUCCGCUGCUCAUAGCAACAACUGAUCGGUUCUUAAUGUCUACAAAGAGACACAUAAUGUGCUACCAAGAUCAUUACAGAAUGUGUUACCUUGACUUUUAAAUCAAUAGACCGUGGACUUUUU